AUGAGCAACCUUCCCAUCAUGUACCUUCUCCUGCUUCUUCUUGGAUUCCAAGCGCCUCAGGCACAGGGGCGGCCCUUUCCAACUUACCAGCUGAACCAAUACUUGGCAAAGAUUGAUGAAAUUAUGAAGAUCUUAAACAAGUUACCCUUGCCUUCACAGGACCCCUUGGACCCAAAUGAGACAGAGAUCCUGAGGGAAAACACCCUUCUGAGGCCAAACCUGGAUGCAUUCUUAAAAGCUGCAGAAAAUUUCCAUGAAGAUGGACUGCUAAUCUGGAAAAAUCUUAAGGAAUUCCUGCCACUCCUGCCCACUCCCACACCCAGGGGAGACCCAAUCCAUAUCGAGGAGGAUAACUGGGUUGAUUUCCAAUGGAAACUGACUAAAUAUCUGGAAAUCCUUGAUAACUUUCUGAAUUUCAAGGAGAAACACUGAGUCCUAGAAUUCUCCAUCUGAUACCCCUCCUUCUCUGGGCCUUCUCACCAUGGGGCCUUGGAC